ACCUUAACUAGUUAAUCGCACACCAUAAUAUCCCUGCCCGUUUUUUUUGUUUCUUUCUUUCUUUCUUGUGUUUUGCAGGGACAAGACAUGGGUUCCAUGGGUAACCACGAGGUUGAUGAUAAGCAUCAUAGGGUUAACUUCUCAACCCAAAGAGGGUUUUUAACAAAACUCAAAACUGGGUUGAAAGAAACGUUCUUCCCUGAUGAUCCCUUCAGGCAAUUUAAGAACGAGAAGAAGACAUCACGAAGGUUCAUCAAAGGGGUGCAAUACUUCGUCCCAAUCUUCGAGUGGCUACCAAAUUACAAUUUCCGCCUCUUUUUCUCUGACUUAAUCGCUGGCAUCACCAUCACAAGCCUUGCCAUCCCUCAAGGCAUUAGCUAUGCCAAACUUGCCAACAUUCCUCCCCUCAUUGGCCUUUAUUCCAGCUUUGUCCCACCUCUUGUGUAUGCUGUUUUUGGGAGCUCAAGGCACAUGGCAGUGGGAACAAUAGCGGCAGCAUCAUUGCUGAUAGGACACACUAUAUCAACCGUGGCAGACCCAGAAGAUGACCCAACGUUGUUUCUUCAUUUGAUUUUCACAACAACUUUUGUCACAGGUGUUUUCCAAGCUUGUUUGGGUAUUUUCAGGUUGGGGAUAUUGGUGGAUUUCUUUUCACAUGCUACAAUCACUGGCUUUAUGGGAGGGACAGCAGUAAUUCUCAUACUCCAACAACUAAAGGGCAUAUUUGGCAUGAAACAUUUUUCAACCAAAACAAACGUUGUGGCAGUCAUAAAGGCCAUCUUCGACAAUAAACAUGAGAUAAGGUGGGAAACCACAGUUCUUGGUGUGGUCUUCAUUGUUUUCCUGCAAAUUACCCGAUACGUGAGGACUAGGAAACCAAAACUCUUUUGGGUAUCAGCUAUUGCUCCUAUGACGACUGUAGUAGUUGCUGGCGUUUUCACGUACCUCGUCAAGGGCCAAAAUCAUGGAAUUCAAAUUGUGGGUCAUCUAGAUAAAGGAUUAAAUCCUUUGUCCAUAAAGUAUUUCAACUUUGAAAGUGAAUAUUUACCAGCAGUGUUGAAAGCUGGCAUUAUCACCGGCAUCUUGUCAUUGGCUGAAGGAAUAGCAAUUGGAAGAAGCUUUUCUGUUAUUGAUAAUACACCUCAUGAUGGGAACAAAGAGAUGAUAGCUUUUGGUCUCAUGAACUUAUUUGGUUCUUUUACUUCAUGUUACUUGACUAGUGGACCAUUUUCCAAGACGGCUGUGAAUUACAAUGCAGGGUGUAAAACUGCCAUGUCAAACGUAGUAAUGGCAAUUUUAAUGGCGCUCACACUGCAGUUUUUGGCACCAUUAUUUGGCUACACCCCUCUUGUUGCUCUAUCAGCUAUUAUUAUAUCUGCCAUGAUGGGGCUGAUUAAUUAUGAAGAAGUUAUUCAUCUCUUUAAAGUUGAUAUGUUUGAUUUUAUUAUUUGCAUGGCUGCUUUCUUUGGAGUCACCUUUAUAAGCAUGGAUGUUGGUCUCAUGAUGUCUGUUGGACUCAGUGUGGUUAGAGCACUCUUAUAUGUAGCUAGACCUGCCACAUGCAAGAUUGGAAAGUUAUCUGAUUUAGGUGUAUAUCGAGAUGUUGAGCAAUAUACUGCUUCAACAUUCCCUGGAGUUCUAAUAAUAGAACUUGGUUCUCCCGUUUACUUUGCAAAUUCUGUGUACAUUAAAGAAAGGAUAAUGAGGUAUAUUCGAAGUGAGCAAGGCUCUAGUGGAGAUAUUGUUGAGCACAUCAUACUCGAUUUGUCAGGAGUGACAUCCAUUGAUACAACAGCAAUUGUGGGAUUGUUGGAAACAAAUAGAAUGUUGGAAAAGAAUGGAAUUAAGAUGUCAUUGGUAAACCCAAGGCUGGAGGUUAUGGAGAAGCUGAUAGCAGCAAAGUUUGUUGACAUCAUUGGGAAGGAAUCAUUCUAUCUAACAUUGGAUGAUGCAGUGGUGUCAAGUCAAUAUUCACUUAGUACCUCGAAGACAAAUAAUGCUGAAGAGACAGUAGUUAAGGAAACUAGCCAUGCCUAAAGUACAGCAAACAAAAUUAGGUUGUACAUUGCUUUCCAAUGGCCUGAACAAUAACGUUAUAUAUAUAUGGAAUGGAGAAAGUGUUUGCUAAUGACUUCUCCUAUUCUUAAAAAUUACAAACCCCAAGGGAUGGCUAUAGUAAGCGGUUUGUGAGAGGACUGUUAUGAUUAAAAAGUCGCUGGUUCAAUUUCUAGACGAAGUAUUUUGAAGUUAAUGAUAAAAAAUUUCAUGUUCUACACCAGGAAGGGAAUUAGUCUCAUCUUAGAACAAGUUCAUGCGGAUCAAGCAACUCUCUUAGCAUGACAUGUUUUAGAUUAAUUUCCUAAAUAUCGAUAUCAAUAACAAAA